GCCGUAAGGCUCAGAAAAGAGGCGCAGGGAGAAUCCUCUCGAGCCUCUGCUCGCAGCUCCCCCGGGUUGCUUUUCGGCGGGUGAGUCUGCCUUGGCUGCGGGAGCCGGGCGGUUGAAGCGGACGCGCCACCGGCUGAAGAAGUCUGGAAGGAAUUCGCCCCGCUGCUCUCCGGCCUUUCGUGCCGGGAACCGGCCCCUCUAAGAAACCCCCACCGCGGAUUGCUUAAAAGCCGAUUUCCCUCUUGAACGGGGGCGGGGCUCGGCGCUGGCAGCGAUCUCUGCAAUCUUCUCUUCUAGUUAAGGAGCCGCCCGGCUACUUUGCCUCCAACCUCGCCGGCUGAGCCUCCACGGGCACUUCGAGUGAGGGGCGUCGCUCAGCCUGGAAGAGCCUGAAACGGGGCAGACCUGGCCUUGCAACUGAAGCAGCCCGCGGCUCCUCGGCAGGGGUGCCGGAAGAAAAUGCUUAUGGAGCACGUCUUCACUCUUCCUCGUGGCUUCUGCUUCUGAGCCUCCCUCUUCUUUGUCAAGAUCCCAAGUCUUGGUGGGACUUUCAGUGCUUCGCUUCGAUGUGCUCCUGUCAGCAAAUACAGUUCUCUGUCCUUUGUCUCCAUUUCCUUUCGCUGCCUCUUAUGACAGAUGGAGCUACCAGAGUCUACUAUCUGGGGAUCCGCAGUGUGGAGUGGAACUACGCUCCAUUAGGAAAGAAUGCAGUCACCGGACAAAGCAUUGCAAAUGACUCUGUAGCUUCCAGUUUCCUCCAACCUGCCAAGGACAGAAUAGGUGGGAUUUACAGGAAAUCAGUCUAUAAGCAAUACUCCGAUUCUACAUACGCGUUAGAGAUAUCCAAGCCUGCCUGGCUGGGAUUCCUUGGGCCUGUUAUACGAGGUGAAGUGGGAGACAUCAUUACUGUGCACCUAAAAAAUUUUGCCAGCUUCCCAUUCACCAUUCACCCCCACGGUGUCUUCUACACAAAGGAUUCAGAAGGGGCCCUGUAUCCUGAUAGGACCUCUGGAGAUCAUAAGGCAGAUGAUGCUGUCCCACCAGGAGGAAACCAUACUUACACGUGGACGGUUCCUGAGGCCCAUGGCCCAACUGCUGAUGAUCCAGCCUGUUUAACAUGGAUCUACCAUUCCCAUGUCAACGCACCAAAAGAUAUUGCCAGUGGCUUAGUUGGCCCUUUGCUGAUAUGUAAACAAGGAACUCUGAAAAUGCUACCUUCAAGACGCCAUGAUGUAGAUCUUGAUUUCUUCCUGAUGUUUAGUGUGGUGGAUGAGAACGAAAGUUGGCACCUGGAUGAAAACAUUGCUUCCUUCUGCACCGAGCCAGACUCGGUUGACAAGGAAGAUGAAGAGUUCAGAGAAAGCAACAGGAUGCAUGCCAUUAAUGGUUUCGUCUUUGGGAACCUCCCUGAGAUCACAAUGUGUGCCGGAGAUCGGGUCUCGUGGCAUCUCUUUGGGAUGGGCAGUGAGAUUGAUGUCCACACUGCCUUCUUCCAUGGACAGACACUGAUCAGCCGAGGACACAGGUCCGAUGUGGCCUCCCUUUUCCCAGCAACCUUUGUGGCAGCUGAAAUGGUCCCUCACAAUGUUGGGAAAUGGCUGUUGACCUGUGAGGUCUCUGACCACUUGCAAGCGGGAAUGGAGGCUCUCUAUGAAGUCAAGCAUUGCUCCUAUCAGGAUUCAGGACCUGCCCUAAAAGGGAAACUACGGAAAUACUACAUAGCAGCCAAAGAGGUGCGGUGGAAUUACGGGCCUUCUGGACUAGACCCAAGUACAGGGAAAAGUCUGCGUGAGCCAAAUAGUUUCUCACAGCUGUUCUUUAAGCAAAAUGCCAGUCAACUUGGAGGGACAUAUUGGAAAGCCAAAUAUGUUGAAUAUACAGAUGGGACUUUUCGUGUGGAGAAAGAGCAGACGGAGGAAGAAAAGCACCUCGGGAUACUUGGUCCAGUGAUCAAAGCCGAAGUAGGUGACACCAUUCAGGUGACCUUUGCCAACAAAGCCUCAUGGCCUUUCAGCAUCCAGCCCCAUGGUGGGUUUUACAAGAAGUCAUGGGAAGAAGCCCCACACCAGGAUGACCUAUUCAAAAAUGGAGCAUCCAUCAAGCCAUUUGGCAACUUCACAUAUCUCUGGGUGCUACCACCACAUGUUGGCCCCACAGCCUCUGACCCUCCCUGCCUGACCUGGAUGUAUUCUUCUGCAGUGGAUCCCACAAGAGACACCAACUCUGGCUUAGUGGGGCCCUUACUCAUCUGUAGGCCUGGCACGCUCAAUGAGAGAAACAAGCAGAGAGGCAUUGAUAAAGAGUUUUACCUUUUGUUUGGUGUGUUUAAUGAAAACCUAAGCUGGUAUCUGAACACAAAUCGGAAGUAUCUGAAAUUGGGGAAAGAAGAACUGUUUGAGGAUCACAUCUUCAAAGAGUCCAAUAGAAUGCAUGCCAUCAAUGGAUUCCUCUUUGGAAAUUUGCCUCUUCUGGAUAUGUGCAAGGGAGAUACCAUUUCCUGGCACCUGCUGGGCUUUGGCAGUGAAACUGAUGUUCAUGGGGUUGUUUUCCAAGGAAAUACCAUCUUGAUGAAUGGGAUGAGGCGAGAUACAACCAGUCUCUUCCCUCACACCUUCGCCACAGCCCUCAUGCAGCCUGAUAACCAAGGCACUUUUGGUGUGUACUGUCAGACCAGCAACCACUACCAGAAUGGAAUGAGAGGCAGUUACUCUGUUCGGCAGUGUGGGGAAAAGGCCUAUUUUCCAGACCGACAGCAUGGGACAGUGAGAACCUUUUACAUCAUGGCGGAGGAGACGGAGUGGGACUACGCUCCAGACCGCAGCUGGGAGUCGGAAAGGCACAACAGCUCUGGAGAGGAAAGGUAUGGUGACAUAUUUCUCAACCGUGAGAAUGGACGACUGGGCUCCCGGUACAAGAAAGCUGUUUAUAGGGAAUAUACAGAUGGGACAUUCAAGAUCCCGAAGAAUAGAAUAGAUGCUGAGCAACAUCUGGGGAUAUUAGGUCCCUUUAUUUGGGCAGAAGUGGGAGAUGUGCUGAACAUAGUUUUUAGGAACAAUGCCACGCGGCCUUACUCCAUUCAUGCCCAUGGAGUCCUGGAAAAGAACAACAGAGACUCCAAGACAGCAGUGCCUGGAGAAAUUGUAACCUAUCAAUGGGAUGUUCCUGAAAGAUCUGGUCCAGGACCAAACGAUUCAGCCUGUUUGAGUUGGAUCUACUAUUCCACAGUGGAUCGUGUCAAGGAUUUGUACAGUGGCCUCGUUGGCCCCCUGAAAGUUUGUCGUAAAGGGACCCUGGAUUCUAACGGGAGAAGGAAAGGCGUGAGCAAGGAAUUUGCCCUCCUCUUUUUGGUUUUUGAUGAAAAUCAGUCUUGGUACCUUGAGGAGAAUGUGAAGAUUUAUAUCCAAGGGGAAUGGAACCGUUCCCACCAGCAGGACGAAGAAUUUAUGGAAAGCAACAAAAUGCAUGCAAUCAAUGGUAAAGUAUAUGCAAACUUACCAGGGCUGGAGAUGUGUGAAGGAGACUGGGUGAACUGGUAUCUGCUGGGAAUGGGCCAGGAGAUUGACGUGCACACCGUUCACUUCCAUGCAGAGACAUUCAUCUACCGGAAUGGCAAGAGUUACCGGGCUGAUGUGGUGGAUCUCUUCCCUGGGACCUUUGAGAUGGUGGAGAUGCAGGUUGGCAAUCCUGGCACCUGGCUUCUUCACUGCCACGUGGCUGACCAUAUCCAUGCUGGCAUGGAGACGCUUUUCACAAUCCUACCCCGCCAAGAUGCAGAACAUUGCAGAUACCAUGUAUUCAAAAUUACAGCAGAAACAUCUGAGGAGGUAACUGGGGGUCCUUCUGAAGAAGACCAUGUGGAAGCUUCUGAAGAAAAAAUUUCCCAUGACAUCAUUUUGUUUGGCUCAAGGCUAGACCACGGGCAUGUAGAAGCAGCAAUUAUUACUCUUGCUGUCGCUGGGGUGGUGCUCUUCAUCACUGCAAGUGUUCUUCUUGGUGUGAUCGUUCAUCUCAAGAGACAAAAGAAGUUGAGACGCAACAAGCGGUCUAUAUUGGACGAAAGCUUCAAACUGAUGCGUAGUCAAAAGAAUGAUCUUUAGAAAAGAAUGGAAGAGGUCUUGGGAGUUUUUAAGCCAGGCAGUAGUGAAAAUGGCCCAAAAUAGGAUUCAGCAAUCAUUUUCUGAAAAUUCAAUAAGAAAUUUUACUAGUAAGUCCUUCUGCCUAUUAUAUCCACUCUACAUUUUAAGGUUUCAGGUAUCCCAAGUCUCAAAUGAAUUCCCAGAUCCUUGUACCCUUAUUCACUGAAGGACAGGACAGAACCUCAGUUAAAUCUCCCCAGAGUUAUGGGCAGUCAAUAAAUUUGAUAAAUAAAUAAGUAAAUAAACCCAGACUGGAUACUCAGUCAAAAAUCCUCUGGUCAACAGUUACCAGCAUCUUGCAUCAGUACAAUCUGAGACCUAGAUCUCCUGCAUUCCUUCAUUCUUGAGGCAAGUCACCAUUCCGUGAGAUUAGCCAAUGACAGUUUCUGCCUGUUGAACGUAACACCUGGUUGGGGAGAAGUAACAGGCACAGAGAAGGUUUUUCAAGAGGGCAGGGCAGCAAGCAUUCCUUUGAAACAGGUUUCAACCAUGAAUGGUGGAAUUUCCUUGCUUUGAACUCCUUUCAUUCCUCAGCAGUGCUUCUUUCAAACAAACUCCUAUUUAACUCAACCAAAAUAGGACUUUCCACCUAAAAGGCCAGUGAUGAUAAAACUGAUCUGGCUUAUAACUGACAGAAGUGGAAGAAUUGGGGUUUGGGGAUCAUGUUUGCUUCCUAAACUAGGAACUCUCCACCUGAGUUGGGAUUGCAACUCCUAGGAUUACUGGCAUUGCGGAAAGUGGGAAAAACAAUUGUAGACAUGGGGAGGGUGACAAUGAGAAUAAACGAAGAAUUUUAAUUAGACAGUUUAUUAAUGUCGAGAUGGCACCAUUAUGGACUGGUUCACAUCUUCAUUAUACAGUUGUUGGAUGAGAACCUGAUUUCCAUCUGGAUUUCAAGAACUAAAGGACACCAUCCCAACUAAAGGAGUCCUGGACCUUAGCCCAAUGCUCAGGUUGAACCAAAGAUCCGAAGAUGGUUAAGGCUUCUGAUCCAUUCAUUUUGGAAAAAGAACUUGGCAAAGGCCUUCACAAUUGUAACAGAACCAAAUCUUUUAAAGAUCAGAAUGAAAGGAAAAUGAAAACAGCAUGCAGACUCUGCAGGGUCUGAGAAUGAUAUUCUUAGGCAUUCAUCCCUGUUUCUGGUGCUGAGUUCAGGUUGCCAACUUAUUUUGGGGAAAGAUCCAAGAUCUUUAUUGAAGUCUUAUCUGUGUAGAUGGGUAGAAAUUCAUUCAUUCUUGUUUUUUUUUUUAAUAAGAAAAUGCUAAUAUUUGUUGCUUUGCCAAUAAAAGUGAUUGAAACAAAUUAAGUUUAAAACAACUUUGGGAGGGGGGGGGACAAGAAAAUAAUCCCUACAAAGAAAUUCUGAACUCUGAUCCCCCCAAAUAGUAAACCCAGAGACUUUAUGUAUACAUCUCAUGCACUGUUUCCCAACUCUGGGCACUUAAAAAUGUUUGGACUUCAACUCCCAGCCAAGGAGCUGGAAGUCCACACAUCCUCAAGUGCCUAAGGUUGGAAAACACUAACCUUGCGCCUCAUCCUCAGUAUCUUCAGACCCCUUUGAACCUGCGUGCACAGAGUAGUCCAUGUGCAAGCGAAAAACGACUUGGGUAGUCAAAUGGAUGGCAUGCUUCAGAUGACUAUACAACUUCUUUUGCAGUCAUCUGAAAUCAUAUGAAAAAGUUCUGAAUGCAACAAUUGGUCAGUGGCAGGGAUGGGUUCUACUUACCUUUACCACCGGUGGGGACAUGCGAGCGAGCAAAGCGGGGACGCGCGCUUCUGCGCAUGCGCAGAAGCGUUUUGGUGAUGUCAGGUCAGUGGGCGGAGCCUCCCGCCGGUUUUACUACCGGUUCUAUAGAACCGGUGCGAACCGAGGGCAACCCACUACUGGUCAGUGGGCAUAGAAAGACUCAGUUGACUGUGCCUUUUGUAUUCCUGCCUUCACACGUGCUCCAGAGAAUUUACUUGAGUCAAAUUCUCCUAAGUUGUCUCAACGACUCCUUCUCUGGAAGCAUCAGUUGACUAAUGAGUGGGUGCAUUGUAAAGCUUGGUAUUUGGAGAGAUGUAUGAGUUUUAUCAGUGCUGCUUUGAUACAUGAUUUGGUACUCAUUCAUGCCAGUAAUUACUUGCUGAUUUAUAAUUAUAUGAAUUGGGCCAGAACUUAUCUAUCUUAAAUAAAUUAAUAACAAGAAUGAGAA